AUAUGCGGUACACGCUCAGAGCUGGGAAAAUACAGACGACGUGAGACUGGUAUUUUAUGCGGUUUGAUAAAAGAAAAAAAGAAGGAGAGUUUCCUGUUUAAUAAGAAUUUAUAUUGAUCGGAGACCGAAGGGGUUUUUCUCGGACGCGGUGUACGAAAUGAAUUUUUGGUUUUUGAAGCGAUUGAAAACGUCUGAAUGAACGAAACGCAUCCUACAAAAAAUAAAGAAGUAAACGAAAAGCGUUGGUUGUAGAAUGAAAUUGUAGUGCGCGCGCAAUUUCCACCCCCGAGUCCACAGCGCCAAACGGCACCCCCUUGUGUGCAGGGAUGAUAGAAAUGCGUAUCGAUUCCGUACGGAACCACCAUGUUAUAUUAUAACCCUGCCUUUUUCAUUCAGUUCCGACUGCCGCCGGUGCAGUGAAAAACGAAGAGACGAGAAACUAUAGGAAUAAAGAAAGCGGAGGAAGAAUAACAGUCGUUACCUUUUCGUCUGCACGUGCUCUCGUCGGAGAAAAACGUCGGCGACGAAUUAAAAAUCAAAAAAAAUUCCGUCGCGCCCCCUUAAACCGACCCCGUCGAAAGAAGAGAAAAAAAGAGAGAGAGAAUCGAGGUUAGAGAAAAGUUGAGGGCCCGACUCGCGAUGCAGGAGGGCGAAUCCGGUGGAAGGACGGAAGCUAGAAGGGGUCAGAGGGUUGCCAGGAGGCUUUUUCAGGACGAAGAUCAGGACUCCGAUCAAAAUGGCGAGGGGGGUCGAUCGGGUGUGGAGGACAAUCUGACCAAUCGGCUGUCCGAAGAAGCCCGGAAGAAUUUGGCGGAGGCCGAGAAACGUUGGAAUUUCGAUUUCGUCAAUGAGAGGCCACUGGAGGGACGUUACGAGUGGGUGAAAGUUGGGAGUGGUUUGAACAACGGUAAAAAUUUUUCGGAAGAAGAGGACGAGGAUUGGGAAGACGAGAAGAUAGACCAAAGAGAAAAAUCUGAGACUGAAGCCAGCGAGAAGGCUGAGAAAAAGGACUGAAUAAUAAAAUAAAGUUUGCCAGAGGAUCGGCGCGUACGUACAACAAAAUUAAUGUUAUUUGCCAAAAACACCAAUUGAGAUCAAAGAUUCUAUAGGUCAGUAAUAAAAUCGAUAGGCAGGGCACGGAAAACCGUUCGAGACUCGACACUUCCGAUUAAUUUUUUUUUUAUACAAUUUCUAAUUUUCUUACGUCUUACAUAUUUUAUAGACUGACGAUUUUGUUCCAAGACAGGAACUUCAGUUGCGAUCAUGUACCUAAUCAAAAUCUAUUUAGACGAAUUUAUUAUUUUAACGAGAACGGCGAGUAUUUCAGAAAAAAAAUAUGUCAUUAUAAUAUAGAAAAAUAUAUAUUUAAUAUAUUAUUAUCUAAAAUUUAGCAUGUAAGUUUUAGAGCCAUUCGAGGCACACCGAGGCCCUCGAUUAGUCAAUUUGUUAACCCCCUUCCUCCAUUGAUUGUUUCAAUUUUAUUUAUUACACGACAUCACAAGUACGAAGAACA